UUUCCAUUGCAAAUUAAAACAGUCUUUCUUCUUCACAUUGCUAGUCUCUGUCUGUGAAUUGAGAUUGAGUGAAAUGGCUGCAUAUGGAGCACUUGUUUCUGUGAUGAAUAUUAUAGAUCAAAUUCAAACACAUCCAAACCCUCCAAUUUCUAUCCACCAAAAACAGCUUGAAUCUCUCAUUGAAGCGGUUACAUCCCUGCAACAUUUUCUUGAAAGCUAUUCUCCCCAUGUUGGUUACACCGAAGAGGAAGAUAUCUGGGAGAGUCGCAUUGCUGAAGCAGCUUACGCUGCUGAAGAUGUGAUCGAGUCCUAUAUUGUCGAUCAAAUUCAUGCUCAGUCAGAAAUUGAUGUACAACACAUAAGCUCACCUGAAUUCUAUCAAGGUCUGCAGAAGGUGAUAGAAAGCAUGAAUUUGAUCAACAUUGAGAUUGAUGAGAAGAUGGUAGUCCAAGAUCAGCCUCACAUCAUGAAAUCUGUUACUCCUGCAGGCUCGUCUAGAUCUACUUCCACUGCUAAGAAUGUAACCAUGAUUGGUUUUGAUGAUGUCUUGGAUCGGAUGCUGGACAAGAUCACCGGAGGAGGACCCCCUCGCCAAAUUAUCCCGAUCGUUGGAAUGGGUGGGAUAGGCAAGACCACUCUUGCUCGGAAUAUCUUUGUAAGUCCACUUGUCCAGGAAUCUUUUGCUGUUUGUGCGUGGUCUGUAAUUUCUCAAGAGUAUAAUGCACGAGAAAUUCUUAGACAAGUUCUUGAUCAAGUGGACAAGAGGGAUAGGGAGAACGAUAAGAAAGAUUUGAGUGAAGAUGAGUUAGGAGAUCAUUUGUACAAAUAUUUGAUAGGAAGGAAGUAUUUUAUUGUAAUGGAUGAUAUGUGGAACAUAGAGGCAUGGAAUCGAGUUAGGAGAUUCUUCCCGGAUAGUAAAAAUGGGAGUAGGAUAGUAGUGACAACAAGGCUAUCAAACUUGGUAUCUCAAUUUAACUACUCCAAUGGUCUAGAUCUGAAAUUUUUGGAUGAGGAUGCUUGUUGGAAUCUGUUUUGCAAAACUGUGUUUGGGGAAGAAGCUUGUCCUCUUGAGUUGGAGGAUGUUGGGAAAAAGAUUGUGGAAGGUUGUAAGGGACUUCCAUUGUCAAUUGUUGUGAUAGGGGGGCUCUUAUCAAAGUCUGAACGAACAAAAGAAAGUUGGGGAUUGUUUGAAAAGAAUAUAAGUUCAAUUGUCAAUUCGGAUGAUAACCAGAGUUGCUUGCAAGUAUUAUACAUGAGUUAUAAUAAGUUGCCGGUUCAUUUGAAACCAUGUUUUCUCUUUAUGGGGAUGUAUGGUGAGGAUGUUGAGAUAUUCGUCAGUUCACUCAUCCUAUGUUUUGUUGCUGCGGGAUAUGUAAAACCAAUUAAGGGGAAGUGUUCGGAAGAGAUAGCACAAGAAUAUUUAGAAGAACUUGUUGAAAGGAAUCUCCUUAUAGUUGAAAAGCGCAGGCAUGGUGGGAAACUGGAAUCAUUCAAGAUGCAUGAUCUGUUGAGGGAUCUAUGUUUGAGAGAAGCUCAAAAAUUGAAGUUUUUAUUUGUGUUGGGAGAUCGGAGCUUUCCACAGGCUGUAAAUUCUCAACGCCAUAUCGUAAGCAGGUUAAAGAAAGAUGAAUAUCCAACUCCACUCAUUCAAUCCUUGGAAUCUGCAUCACUUGUCCGGAUGCUUGUCGGGGAAUUUCCAGACAGUUUCUCAUAUAAUUUUAGAUUGUUGAGGAUAAUGGUUCUAGAGGAUUACUCAGAGGAAGAAGAUAGUCAUGAUUAUUGUGAGGAGAUUCUCCAUGGGCUUGUUAACUUGCGUCUUCUUAUUAUGGAAGUUCGUGGUCAUUCUUUACCUUCUUCGGUCUACUUUCAUUGGAAUUUACAGACACUGGUUAUACAAAAUGACCAUGAGGAUUACGUUUGCGAGAUUUGGAAGUUGCCUCAACUUAGGCAUUUCAUAAUUUAUAAUGGGGGGACACUUAUUGGCGCAUAUUGUCUCCCUGAUCGUUUCAAUGACGAAAAGGAUAUGGUGUUGAAAGACCUUCAGACACUUUGUGUGGUUAGCAAUCUCAAGUUUGGGGAGGGGGUGCUUAAAAGAAUCCCCAAUAUCAAAAAAUUGAAGCUAUGCUAUGAUAGAGAAGUAGACACCUCCGGAGAAGAAGAUUAUUAUCGUCUCAACAAUCUCUGUUGCCUCCACAAACUCCAAACUUUACGGUUUCGUGGUUCUUCACGACAAGUCAGCUUCCCGCAUUCCCUCAAGAAGUUGACAUUAGAAUGUACACAGCUUGCUUGGGAAGACAUGAGCACAAAAAUAGGUUCAUUGCCCCAUCUUCAAGUUCUCAAGCUGAAAAACAAUUCCUUCAUUGGGUCUGAGUGGGAAACAACCGAAGACCAAUUCUUGAAUCUCAAGAUCUUGCUGAUUGAGGCUUGUUAUCUAGAGUGUUGGAUCACAGACAACACCCACUUUCCACGCCUUGAGCACCUUCAUCUUCGCUGGAUGGAAAGUUUGAGGGAGAUUCCUUCAUGCAUAGGAGACAUACCAACACUUCACUCAAUUAAGUUGUUAUAUUGUAGUGAUUCAGCGGUGGCUUCAGCUCAAACAAUAAAGGAGGAGCAACAAGAACUCGGCAAUCAAGACCUUCGAAUCAUUGUUGUGGAAUGAAGAAUUUUUAAGGUUGGCUGACGGCGGCUUGGAACGCCAUGGUGGCGAUCAGGAUCGCGACCACAACCAUGAUGGAGUCAGCCACUCGAACCGUGGGGUUUGAGAGGAGUGGGCGGAUCCACACCUGAGCAACCGUUUUAUUUCGUCAGUUUCGUGGUCGGAUCCGGAAUAGGAGAUGCGUCGCAUCAGGAAUUUUAUUGGUGUUUCCCAUUUUGAAUUCUUUGAUUUCUUGUCGAUCUUGGUGUCAUUAGCCAAGUAUCGAAUAAUCUACCAACAACCAACCAAAAUUAGUUAUGAACAUUAGUUAAAGACAUACUCCCCCCGUCCCGUUUAAGAUGACACGUUUUCCUUUUUAGUUUGUCCCAACUAAAAUGAUACAUUUCCCUUUUUGGUAA